GCGAGCACACAAGAGAGGUCAGUGCACGUCACGUAGUUAUUGCUCGAAGCCGAAGGAGGAAUUCGGUACGGUGAAUUCGUUCGCGGGUGAUUCCGGUCAGCGGGACAGCAGCGAACGUCUUGGGACUCUCGCGAGCGGGCCGAGGACAUUGUCGGUGCGCGGUCGGCUCAGCGGUGCUCGCUUCCGGACGGCCACGUAGUGCGAGACUGUGCGGAGAGCGCGCAGGGUUGGAGUUCGCGUUCACAAAAGAGAGAGAGAUCGCGGAAGUGUGUUGGCGCGUUCUUCCAGUGCGGGCGCGAGAGAGAGUGCACCGAGAGACAGAGCCGACGGGCAAGCCGUUGUGGCAUGUAGAGGCGCGCCGCCGCCGCCGCUAACUGCAUGUAAUCGCGCGCUACGUUCCCCCUCCUCCCCUCCGCCCGCCUGUCCUUCCGUAGCCGGUGCUGACACGGGCCGUCUAAAUCCGCACCCCGGUUCUACCGACCGACGACACGGGCGCCGCCGUCGCUCGACGCUCGCCGACGACGACGACGACGACGAGAACAACGACAGCUACUACGACGAAGACGAUUACGACGACGGCGACGUCGACGACGACGACGACGACGACAGCAACAACGACGAGACGCAGGCCGCACGACACAGGUUAUGUCAACUGGAUUGUCAGGCGCUGUCUCAAACCAGCGGAUGAAAGGACAAACUGGCAACCAAGUGAGCAAUGGCCCUAAGGAACACCAGCAGCAACAGCAGACGGAGCAUGCCGCUGGCGAGGACACCGGUUUCGAUUCGUGGCGAGGUGGCAACAAUGCUCAGCAUCACUCGAGUUAUCCGAUCGGCGCCGGUGAUCCGUACAAUCCGUACUACCCCGGCACCUCGUUCCCUUAUCAGACCUUCGGCGACGGUACAUGGUCGAACGGCACAGACCCGGUGGCUUUUCUGUCCGGCUACGGCGGUCAAAUAGGCCACGAUGCGUACGGCAUGGACGGUAUGUUCUCGGCGAACGCUGCCGCCGCCGCCAGCGGCGGCUUCGGCACGUUCGGCCAGCCGCAGUUUAACUACUUCCACGGUAACGGCGACUUCAGCGCUUGGGGCACGCCAAGGAGGACCAAGUACGAGGACUAUUACCCGCGCGGUAACGAGAGCUACACCACGCCGAGCAGCACGGACAUUAAGACCAUCGAGCAGAGUAUGCAGAGCUUGUCGAUCGGCAGCACCGCGGAGCUACCGAGGCAGGAUCAGCAGCACUCCGCUGCGGCGGCGGCGGCGGCAGCUGCGGCUGCGGCCGUGGCGCAGCAGCAGCUCAAGCCGGAGCCGAAGGAGCCGAGGAAGAUCACGUGGGCGAGCGUAGCAAGCCAGCCGGCGAAACCGGUGCCGCCGUUGUCCUCCACCCAGGGUAUGAAGAAGAAGGCGGGCAUGCCGCCGCCGCCGAUAGUGCCGGGCAAGCAUAACAUGGACAUCGGGACGUGGGGCGAGGGCAAGUCUUCCGCGCCGCCGCCGCCGACGGCACCUCCGCCGCCGCAGGUGCAACCGCCGAUCCCGCCGCCGCCGCCCCCCGUCCAGAGACAGCAGAGACCGCCCCCGCCGCCUCCCUGCUGGAACCGGCAGCCGACGGCGGCGACCCCGCCGCCUCCUCAAAUCCACGUACCGCCGCCGCAGUCGCAGCAUCAGCAGCACCAACAGCAGCAGCAGCAUCAUCAGCAGCAACAACAGCAGCAGCAGCAGCAGCAACAACAGCAGCAACAGCUCGUACAGAGCCAAUCGCAUCCGGUGCUCGACGAGCUGAAGGUGAAAAACGAUUACAACCCCGUAGAGUUCGAUCAGACCGCGCCCGGGGCCAGGUUCUUCGUGAUCAAGUCCUAUUCGGAGGACGACAUACAUCGUUCGAUCAAAUACGAGAUCUGGUGCAGCACGGAACACGGCAACAAGCGGCUGGACCAGGCUUACCGGGAGGCGAGUCGCGAAGGCGCGCCCCUCUAUCUGUUCUUCUCCGUCAACGGCUCCGGCCACUUCUGCGGCAUGGCGCAGAUGGUGUCGCCGGUCGAUUAUCAGUGCAACAGUAGUGUCUGGUCGCAGGACAAGUGGAAGGGUCAGUUCCGCGUGCGUUGGAUUUACGUGAAGGACGUUCCUAAUGUGCAACUGCGACACAUUAAGCUAGAGAACAAUGAGAACAAGCCGGUGACGAAUUCGCGGGACGCGCAAGAGGUGCCGCACGCCAAGGGUGUCACGGUGCUGCGCAUACUGCACACCUACCGCCACUCCACCAGCAUCUUCGACGACUUCGGGCAUUAUGAACGCAGGCAGGCCGAGGAGGACCAGCGUAAGGCACCGAGCAAUGUCAUACAGCAUCACCAUCCCUCCUCGAAUCACAGGAACAGAGGUCACGUCUCGGAUCUGCCCAGAGAUCAUCAUCAGCAUGGUCAUCAACCUCACCUACAUCAGCGCAAGGAACGCGACGGCACUCGUGGCCGCGGCGGAAGAGGAGGCUCGCGCCAGUAGCGUUGGGUAACGCAGAAACAUCACGUGGACGAGAGUGAACGACGUAAAGGAAGCACGCUGCGACUAAUUAUCACGUCCUACCACUUACUACUACCUUUGCUUUCCCGGAUCCGCGAUGGGCUUCUGAUUUUCCUGUGACCGAACUUUCGUCGUCGAAGCCGCGUUGUUCUUACGUUUAAAAAUGAUUAAUCCGUAUGAAAUAACUAGCGUCGCGUCGACAUCAUCGUAAGUAAUAUGUAACCGCAACUAUUAUGAGGAGCGAAGGAGGAUGAUGCGCUGUUUUUUCGACGAAUAUUUGGCUAAACCCGCUGAGAGACGAUCGCGAAAGAAAAAGGAGAAGCGUAUAGUGUGGUGUUGCGUGCUAUUCAUCGAGAGGUGUUUCUUAAACGUACAAAUUAUAAAACGGAACAGAUAUAGAACAGAGAGAGAGGAAGAGGGAGAGAAAGAGAGAGAGAGAGAGAGAGA